UAUUCUUCGUUUACAUUAAUUUAAAUUAUAUUUUUUGAUAUUUGUGAAUUAAAAUAGCAUCUGUUUUGUAACAUUUUUAACUUUUAGUGUUUUGGUGCUCAUAGUCUAUUCAAAUUAUCGGUGGAAAUAUUACUUCUGUCUUCGCCGAACACCCGGAUGAAGUCGCCUACAAGUUAACAACAUAUCAUGUGAAAUAAUUCGCCGAAAUGGAGGAAGAGACUUCAUCCCCGGCCCCGGCCUGCGACCCGCCCCCCGCGGACGUCGCGAACGCCGCGGCCGAGCCCUGCGAUAAAGAACCGGCCGAGCCCUGCGAUAAAGCACCGGCCGAAACAAACGUGGAGCGGGAUGCUCCCGCUGACGAGAGCGGCGUCGGUAACGAUAUUCCGGAAAAUAAGAGCGACGAGCACGACAAGGAGUUCGCGGAGAGCGCGUCGUGCGAGGCGAUGGACGAUGCGCGCUCGCUGGACCUGGACAGCCUGCCCGUCGGCGACGAGCUGGCGCUGGCAGCCGGCAGCGACAGCGGCGUGGAGGGCUGCGGCCGUGCGCUCAGCAGCGGCGGCGGCUCGCGCUCCUGCGCCUCCAGCGUCGUGUCCUGCGGCUCCGGCUGCGGCUCCGAGAGCUCCUCGCUGGCCGGCGCGCCGCCCCGCCCGCGCCGCCGCGUCAACGUCGCCGUCGAGCCCAAGCGCGCCUCCCCCGUGGGCCCCCGCCCGGCCACCGCGCCGCGCGGCCCCAACCUCGCCACGCGCGAGCGCGCCCGCAGCCGCGAGAAGCCCACGCCCCCUGAGAAGCCGCGCCCCCUCACACCCAAGCCGCGCAUAAGGCCGACGACGGACCUGCCGAACCUCGUUCGCGAGAGCCCGGCGCUGCGGGCCAAGCCCACGAAGACUUCCGCGGCUCGAUGCCGGACGCCGAACUCGCCGGUAGACGACAAAAAGUGGCCGGCGAGCGGGCAGCGGCUGGCGGCGGUCGCGGACACGUCGGCGACGCGCGUGGCCGCCGACAAGUACGGCACGCUGCCGCGGCGGCGGCGCGACGCGGACGAGGGCUCGCCCCGGCACGAGGCGACGCCGCCGCCGCCGCGCCGCCCCACCUUGGCGCGGUCCGUGUCGUCGCGCGGCAAGACGCGCGUGCGGAUAUACGCGGAGAAGGUGUCGCAGACCGUGCUGCUGGGGACCGACGUCGAGUCCGCCCUCGCGGGUGUUGUGCCAAAUAUCGAGAGUCGCGUGGAGGUGUCGCGAUGCGAGCGCGGCGUGCAGGCGACGUCGCGCGACAGUGAGCUGGCGCGGCUGACGGCGGCGGCGGCGGCAGCGACGGCGAGCGCGGCGGAGGAGCGGGAGCGGCGCGCGCACGCCGAGGCCCAGCUCGCCGCGGAGCGCGCCGCGCGACUCGCCGCCAUCGCUGAGUUGGAGAGAAACUCGCAGAGGCUACUGGAACUCGCUGGUGCUGGCGCGGGCGCGAACGCGGACGGUUGCCUGCGCGCGCUGGAGGAGCAACUGCGGUCGGCGAGCGACCUGGCCGCGAGACAGCGACAAGAGAUCGACGCGUUGCGCGAUAACUGCGACAAGCUGCAUGCGGAGGCGUGUCAUGGGCGCGAGCAGGCGCGGUCGCUGGCGGCGCGGCUGGCGGAGGCGGAGCGCGAGGCGGCGGAGAUGCACGACUUCUUGGCGGCGGAGACCGGCGCACUAGGCGAUUCCCUGCGCGACGCCGACGCCGAGAUCGCGCGACUGAGCGCUGACCUCGACCGCAGACGCGGCGAAUGCCGUCAGCUAGUGCGCAUGUGCGAGCAGCGGCGGCAGGAGGCGCUGGCGGCGGCGGCGGCGGCGCGCGCGGCGGCGGGCGCGGAGGCGGGAGCGGGCGCGGCGCUCGACGCCCUCGCCCGUCGCUUGCGCCGCCUGACGGACGCCGUGCGCGCCGCGUACGCGCUGCCCCCGCACGCUACACAGCCGACAGUGUACCAUAAUGACGCAUACAGCCGCAGCGACAGUGGCGAGACUCUGUCGCCGGACGACGAGUCGCGCGGAGGUCUUCUGGGAGCCAUAGCGCGGGCGCUCAAAGCCGCGGCGGCCGAGGGGCCCGUACUGAGUCCGGGAACCACACCCAACACGCCAGGAACCGUGCCGCAUACGCCGGGAACUGCGCAUACGCCGGGAACCGCGCCGCUGCUGAUCCCGCAAGUGCCGGGUACCGCGCACGCGUCGGGAACCGCGCCGCACACGCCGGGAACCACGCCCGGGACGCUGCCGCACGACGACGACCGCUCGCGGGCGUCCGACGACAACGACAACUCCGCCGACCUCCUCGACUCGGAGACGGAGCCGUGCUUCGUCAAUGAUCCCGAGUACGCGGAGGAGUGGUGGUCCGGCGCGGAGGGCGCGGGCGCGUGGAGCGGCGACGAGCUGUCGCCCGAACGCGAGUCCUGUCCCGACCACGAUAGAGAUGCGGAGUCAGCAUCGGUAUCGGAGCGGUCGUUGCGGUCACUAUCCGCAGCGAUUGCGGCGCGUCAACGCUCGGAGGCGGCGGAGCGCGGCGUGCGGGCGGAGUCCGAGCGAGGGGCGUUGAGAGAACGAGUGUUAAUACUGGACACGCGCUUAGCUGAGCUGCUGCGGGCGUUGGCGGCGGCAGCACGGGCACCCGCGGCGCAGGCGCUCGCUCAGGCACUCAGGGACAAGAUCGACGUGACGGAAAAGAACGUGGCGGACGUGGUGGUGAAGAAGCUCGCGGAGCUGGAGGCCAGUCGCGCCAUGCUCGACCACUACCGACAGUCCGUCGAGGCUCUCAAAAGUCAGGCCAUACAGCCAUGUGAUGAAGAUGAUGCAGCCAUAAUGGAGGAGUUGGAGUCGUGCGAGGAGGAGGAGCGGCGGCGGCGCUGCGAGGCGCUGCGGGCGGCACUGCGGGCCCUGCCGCCCCGCCUCACGCCCCUCCGCGCCGCCCUCACCCGCCUGUCCGCGCUCGCGCCCGCCCCCCCGCCCGCCGCCGCGCCCGCCUCUGCCUGCACAUAA